CGCACGCAGGCGCAGUGCAAUCUCUUGUGUCAAACAUGGCUGUACCUUUGGAGAGAGAAAAAUGCUGAAUAGCCUUGGUAAAUUUCGCAAAGGGACCAAACAUGGCGAGACUGGCUGAUUAUUUGAUUAUCGUGGGAUACGAUCAUGAAAAAGCCGUAUCAGGAGAGGGGUGUGGGAGGAUCAUUCAGCGUUUCCCUGAGGUGGACUGGGAUGGGACAGCCUUGCCCCAGGGCCUGGAGAUGCCCUUACCUAGCAGAUGCUACCGACUCCCCACAGAAGGUUUUAAAGUUCUGUCAGCCGACAGGUUGGAGGCUGUCCCGGGAGAGGAGGCAGCCCACCUUCUUCACCGUGGUGCUGACCGACAUCGACUCCAACCGCCACUACUGCUCCUGCCUUACCUUCUUCGAAGCUGAGGUCAACCUACAGGGAUCGAGGACUACAGGGGCAAUUGCGGAUGAAGAGGAGGAAGAGGAGGGGAAUGGGCUGAUCCAUCCUGCUGAAGUGUUUGCACCUAAAAGCAUUAUUAUGGUGUCCCGGCUCGAUUUCCCAGAAAUAUUUCGGGGCUGCCUGGGUCUAAUCUACACAGUGUACAUCGACAGCCUGAAUUUCCCUCUGGAGACUCUGGUGGCCAACCUCCUAACUUGCCUCGUGCCACUGUCUGGGGGGUCCCAGAAGCUUUUCUCGCUGGGGGCGGGCGACCGGCAGCUGAUCCAGACCCCCCUGAAUGACAACCUGCCCGUCACGAGGAAGAGCGUGGCACUCCUCUUCCAGCAGCUGGGAAUCCAGAACGUGCUCAGCUUAUUCUGUGCAGUUCUGACAGAACACAAGGUGUUAUUCCAUUCUAGCAGCUACCAGCGCCUUGGAGAGGCCAGCCGCGCCCUCGAGUCCCUCAUGUUCCCUCUUAAAUACAGUUACCCCUACAUUCCCAUCCUGCCCUCACGGUUGCUGGAAGUCCUGAGUUCCCCAACUCCCUUCAUUAUUGGAGUGCACUCUGUGUUCCAGGACGAGAUCCAGGAACUGCUUGAUGUCAUCAUUGCUGAUCUGGAUGGAGGGACAAUAAAGAUCCCAGAGUGCAUCCACCUUUCCCACCUGCCAGAACCAUUACUGCACCAGACCCAGACAGCACUUUCUAUGGUCCUGCAUCCAGAUCUUGAACUUGCGGAUAAUGCUUUCCCACCACCCCGCUCUGCUUCAUCCAACCUCAAGCAGCUCGAUAAGGAGGUGCGGGCUGUGUUCCUGCGCUUGUUUGCACAGCUCUUCCAGGGGUACCGGUCCUGCCUGCAGCUGAUACGUAUCCACGCCGAACCCGUCAUUCACUUUCACAAGACCGCCUUCCUGGGCCAGCGAGGCCUGAUCGAGAGCGACUUCCUCACCAAGGUGCUGGACGGCAUGGCGUUCGCUGGAUUCGUGUCCGAGAGGGGCCCCCCCUACAGGGCCUGUGAUCUUUUUGACGAGUUGGUGGCGUUUGAUGUGGAGCGGUUUAAAGAGGAGGAGGAGAACCCAGCCAAGUUACAGAAGCACAUCCGGGAGAUUGCCGAGCAGCUGUACAAGAACGAGAACCCAAACCCCCACAUGGCAUUCCAGAAGGUUCCUCAGCCCUCGGAGGGGUCCCAUCUGCGGACGCACGUGAUUCCCUUCCCCCUGCUGGACGAGGUCCGCGUGGCCGCCCUGCUGAAAGAGGGCCUGGCCAAACACCACGGCGCCCCCACCGGCACCCGCGCCCAGAGGAAGUGCGUGGUGCCCGCCGGCCCGCCCGUGGUGUCGAUCCAGGGCAGGCCCGGCACGGUGUUCAACAGCGCCCGCCGGCUGGAGGUGGUCAGGAGCUGCAUCUCCUUCAUUUUCGACAACAAAACCCUGGAGACCGAGAAGACUCUCCCUGCAGCUCUGCGGGCUCUGAAGGGCAGGGCAGCUCGGCAGUGUCUGGUGCAGGAGCUCCAGCAGCACGUGAAGCAGAACCGAGCCAUCCUGGACCACCAGCAGUUUGACCACAUCGUCCGCAUGAUGAACUGUGCCCUGCAGGACUGCUCUAGCUCAGAAGAAUACACCGUUGCCGCGGCGCUGCUACCCCUGACGACAGUGUUUUGCCGGAAACUCGCACCGGGAGUCAACCAGUUUGCCUACACCUGCGUCCAGGACCACCCCAUCUGGGCCAACCAGCAGUUCUGGGAGGCCACGUUCUACAGUGAGGUCCAGACCCAGAUCAGAGCACUUUACCUCAGCACACCAGAGGACAAGCCACAGAUCACAGCUGGACCAAAGGAACGCGGUCCCUCGCCCCCCGCACCCCCGUCGGACUCGGAGCGCACGGCCAUGGACCUGGGGGCGGAGCAGCUGCGGGCGUGGCCCUGCCUGGGCAAGGAGCGGCAGCAGGAGCUGGUGAACGGCGAGGAGAGCACGGUGUUCAGCCAGGCCAUCCACCACGCCAGCCUCAUGGUCUACCUGCUGGUGCCCCUGGACGGCAGCAAGAGCAAGCUGCUCCGCCCCCCGCCCACCGCCGACUGGGAGAGCGGCAGCAACAGCAUCGUCACCAACAGUAUGGCAGGCAGCGUGGCCGAGAGCUUCGACACGGAGAGCGGCUUCGAGGACUCCGAGAACAGCGACGUGGCCAACUCAGUGGUCCGCUUCAUCGCGCGCUUUAUCGACAAGGUGUGCACUGAGAGCGGGGUCACCCAGGAUCAUAUCAAGAACCUGCACAGCAUGAUCCCAGGCAUUGUGGCCAUGCAGAUGGAGGCACUAGAGGCAGUGCACAGAGAGAGCAUGACUCUCCCUCCCAUUCAGAAGCCCAGGAUCCUGCGGCCGACCCUGCUCCCGGGGGAGGAGUUUGUUUCGGAGGGCCUGCGCGUGGUCCUGGACCCCGACGGCCGGGAAGAGGCCACGGGGGGCCUGCUGGGGGGGCCCCACCUCCUGCCAGCAGAGGGCGCCCUCUUCCUCACCACCUACCGCAUCAUCUUCAAGGGCACUCCUCAUGACCCCUUAGUGGGAGAGCAGGAAGUCAUCCGCUGCUUCCCAGUCUCCACGCUGACCAAGGAGAAGAAGAUCAACAUCCAGAACCAGCUGCAGCAGGGCCUGCAGGAGGGCCUACAGAUGAGAUCUGCAUCCUUCCAGCUCAUCAAAGUGGCCUUCGAUGAAGAGGUGAGCUCUGAGACGGUGGAGAUCUUCAAGAAGCACCUUCAGAGGACCCGCUACCCCGCGUCCAUCUUCAGCGGGUUCGCCUUCGCCGUGGGACAGAUAGUCCCCACGCUCGCCCUUCCCAAGCACAAGGAGAGGAACACGGGCCUCCGCACGCUUUCAAAGACCAUCGUCAGAGGGGCAAAGAAGGCGGGGAAGAUAACGAUCGGGCGCCAGUACACCUCAAAGAAAAACGAGAAGGGGAAUCGUGCCACCUGGCACGAGGACGACGACAUCUCAGUUUCAGACGAAGGGGAGCUCCCCCCCAGCCCCACCCUCAAGACCUCGGAGAAGUCCACCAUGGAGCAGCUUGUCGAGCGGGCCUGUUUCCGUGACUACCAGCGGAUGGGCCUGGGCACCAUCUCCGCCAGCUCCUCGCGGUCCAAGACCGGCGACAAGUUCCGCAUCACCGCCGUCAACCGGAUGUACUCCCUCUGCCGCAGUUACCCGGGCCUGCUGGUGGUGCCGCAGGCGGUUCAGGACGGCAGCCUGCAGAAGGUGGCGCGGUGCUACCGGCACAACCGCCUGCCCGUGGUGUGCUGGAAGCACGGCCGCACCAAGGCCAUGCUGCUCCGGUCCGGAGGCUUCCACAGCAAGAGCGUGGUGGGGCUGUUCAAGUCCCAGAGCCCCACCUCCCCAGCUCCCGUGUCGUCCUCAGAGUUGUCCAGCAGCCUGGAACAUGAGAAGUACCUGCAGGCCAUCCUGAGUGCCGUUCCUGUCUACUUCAAAACGAGCCGAAACGACACCCUCACCAACCGCUCGCUCAUCGGCCUGUCCCCAGGUAGUGAAAGGCGGAUGACGAGGAUACCGAAGGUGACCCCGGUCCACCUGGACGUGCCCUUCUCCAACAGCUUCGCCAGAGGAGUCCUGGGUUACAGGGAUAAGCUAUUCACUCAUUCACACCAAAAGCCUGCAUCUAAGGGAAGACCCCAAAAUCAAGGUGUAUGGGCGAGCCUUCGCUCCAGUAGCCGUUUCAACCAUAACCCUGCUAUUGUGGAGGUGGGAGCCAGGCUGGCUGGGAAGGAUCCACCGCCUCCUGCAGACGGCGAGCACCUGCAGGCCAAGCUGCUCAAGCAGCAGGCCGCCUUCUACAUCUUCGGAGAGAAGUCGCACCUCAGGGGCUUCAAGCUGGACGUGUCUAUGAACUGCGAACUGGUGUCGGUGGAAUUCGCCGACGCUCGGCAGGUGAAAGGCGCGUUCAAGAAGCUUCUGCGGGCGUGCGUGCCCAGCUCCACCCCUUCCGAUACCGAGGACUCCUUCCUCAAGGCCAUGGAGGAGUCUGAAUGGAUCACUCAGCUUCAUAAGAUCCUGCAGCUGGCCGUGAUCCUGGCCGGGCUGCUGGAUGGUGGAUCCUCAGUGAUGCUGAGUCUGGAGGAUGGAUGGGACAUCACUACACAGGUGGUGUCUUUGGUGCAGCUGCUGAGCGACCCCUUCUACAGGACCCUGGAGGGCUUCCAGGUGCUGCUGGAGAAGGAGUGGCUGUCCUUCGGCCACAAGUUCAGCCAGCGCAGCGCCCUGACGCCCAGCAGCCAGGGCAGCGGCUUCACGCCCAUCUUCCUGCAGUUCCUGGACUGCGUGCACCAGUUACACAACCAGUACCCUCUGGAGUUUGAGUUCAAUCAAUAUUACCUGAAGUUCUUGGCCUACCAAUAUGUGUCAAACCGUUUCAAGAACUUUCUCCUGGACUCCGACUAUGAACGCCUUGAACAUGGGACAUUGUUUGAGGACAAGGGAGACAAGCAGGCCAAGAGAGGGAUCUGCAUCUGGGAAUUCAUCAACAGGAUACAUAAGAGAAGCCCCCUGUUCUUUAACUACCUGUACAGCCCCUCUGAGUCAGAGCCAGUGCUGAAGCCCUGCAUCGGCAUCCCCAGCCUGAGCAGAUGGGACUACUUCUGCGGGGAGACGCUGUCCACCGGGCCCUCCUACGACUGGAGGCUGAUCGCAGGCAGGCCGGACGGCGCUGAGGAGGGGGCCGCCAUCGCCUCCAAAAAGAGGAGGAUCAUCUGGCCCUGCUACAGCAGUGUGGGCCACGCCCAGCCCGAUGCCAUCACCAAGCUCCUGUCCGACAUCGAGCGGCUGGAGACUGAGCUGAACCAGUGGCCUGAGCAGUGGCAGGUGACUCUGGAGAGGGUGAAAGCCAGUAUAAAGGAAGAUCUGAAGCAAGAGAGCAGUCUCCGGAAGCAGUCUGUGGCCCUCUCUGGCCUGAGCCCCUCCCCCAGCCUGCAGUCAUUCCAGCGGCACUCCAUGCUGCACCUACCCGACAGCACCCUGAGCCAGAGCCACACCCCCAACGCCACCAACGGGGUCAAUCGGAGGGCUGCCACACUCUACAACCAGUUCACCCCCAAGAACGAGGAGAACAGGUCAUAUGAGGGAGUCCUGUUCAAGCGGGGAGCUUUGCUGAAAGGGUGGAAGCCUCGGUGGUUUGUUUUGGACGUUACCAAACACCAAAUGAGGUAUUACGAUACGGGCGAAGACACCACCUGCAGAGGCCACAUCGAUCUGGCGGAGGUGGAGUCUGUCCUUUCUGCCACGCCCACCAUGGGGGCCCCCAAACACAUCAGCGAGAAGGCCUUCUUCGAUCUCAAGACAACCAAGCGCACGUACAACUUCUGUGCUCCAGACGCUCAGAGUGCCCAGCAGUGGCUGGACAGGAUCCAGAGCUGCAUCUCAGAUGCCUGACCGUGCACGGCCUGCAGUUCAGGUGUGAUCGGAAGAGAGCAUGUAGGCCGGGCGUGGCAGUGUCUGAAAACUCUUCUGACCUCCAAGGACCAGGAACUCCGCCCUCUACAGGGAGCGUGAGCACGUAUUGCACUAACUACAAAGAGUAGCUUAUCCAAUUUAAAAAUGCAAAUGAGCAAACUGGAGUAGCACUGGACAUUAACUGUGGGUCAAAUGUACAAAAAUGUAUUUUUGAAAAACACACAAUUCAAGAAACCUAAUUUAGAUGUUUUAGUAAAAAGAAAUCAUACUGCUGCUUGAAUGUGAACCAAAAAAAGGCCCGAAAUCUUACUAUGAAUGCACUAAAAUGCACUUAACCCUGCAAUAUGCAUUCUAUAGAUAUUAGGUUUAAUAACUAAGAAAAUACCAGCAACACAUUUGUUUAUGUAAGUGUUAUGUUCUUAUCAGCUGUUUCUACAUUUAAAUAGUGGAGAGAAGUCUUUGCACACUAAAGUUUGGAAUAUGUUCUGACAUUUUGUAUUUGCAUUACAGUAACUGAUUUUGUUGGGUUUUCUGUUUUGUUAUUUGUGAAUUCACUUACAUUUCUUUCUCAUUCCCUGUGUUGUAAAUUAAAAUAUGUAUUAAAAAACAUCUGUUGUACUUGGCCGAGAGCAGAAUAUUGUUACAUAUGUACAUUUUCCACAGUGGCAUUUUAUACUUUUUAUACAUUUGUAUCCGACAGGUUGUUGUUUAAUUUUAACUGAACAGAAACACUUACAGCUUUGCCGUAAAAAAAAAAAAAGUUUUCAGUGUGGUUUUAUGUUUAUAUCAACAAUAUUUUCUGUUGACACAUUAAUAUUGAGUCUUUAUAUUUAGUGUGCCAGGAAGCACACAGCUUUUCCAAUUCCUUUUUCAUUCCAUGACUUGUUCUUAAGGGCCAGUAGGUUAAUAGGAACAGUAACCGGUUUAUUUUAAUAACUGUUUAAUGUGGUUUGAGGGAAAAAACUGACUCCAAGAAUGUUGUUAACUCACUGUCUAUGCAUUGUGUUUUGACACUAACUGCGACACUAAUUUUCCCAAAGUGAACUUGUAGUACUUGAAUGUGCCGUUCCACCCUGUGAAAUGACUGCAGAAAAGCUGUCUUUGAGGGAAAAAAAACUUAUUAAAUCAGUUUGUGUGGAUCUCUCUUGGUUUUAUUCUGUGGUGAUUCUGUGCUACAGAGACAAUAAAUAAAGCAUCAUACUGAGG